UCAAAAGCUUCAAUUUUUCUAAACCUUUUAGACAAAACCAAAAAUGCCAAAUACAAAGUUCAAAUCUUUGCUUCAUCUCUUCAUCUUCUUCUGGGUUUUCUCAACAUGUUUCUCUAGGCCUAUAACUUACCCUCCACAGACCAACUUACUCUUCCCGUCCGACGCCGUUUCGAUCCUCUCCUUCAAGUCAAAGGCCGACCUCGACAACAAAUUGCUUUACGCACUCAACGAGCGCUUCGACUACUGCCAAUGGCGCGGCGUCAAAUGUUCCCAAGGCCGUGUCGUCCGCUACACCCUCCAAAAUUCCGGCUUACGUGGUGUUUUUCCCGCCAACUCCCUCUCCCGGCUCGACCAGCUUCGGGUCCUCAGCCUCCAUAACAACUCUCUCUCCGGUCCGAUCCCCGACUUGUCCUCUCUUUACAACCUUAAAUCCCUGUUCUUGGACCGUAACAAUUUUUCUGGGACUUUCCCACCUUCGAUCUUGUUUCUUCACAGGAUAACUACCCUCGAUCUUUCUCACAACGGUUUAACCGGCCCGAUUCCAGCUAACUUAACCGCCUUGGAACGGGUAAACAUCCUCCGGCUCGAGUGGAACCAGUUUAAUGGGUCACUCCCGCCUUUAAACCAAUCUUUUCUACUCAUUUUCAACGUUUCAGGCAACAAUCUAACCGGUAAAAUACCAGUCACGCCGACUUUAUCCAAGUUCAACACGACGGCGUUUUCGUUGAACCCUGGUUUAUGUGGUGAGAUUAUCCACAAAGCCUGCACUUCCCGUGCUCCGUUUUUCGGUUCUCCCUCAGCUUCUGGAACGCUAGGACAAAGCACGGAAGCCCAAAGCGGCGGAGCUGUUGUUCUUCAACCGCCGUCUUCGCCGAAGAAGCACCGGAGAACUGGAAUGCUCCUUGGGUUUACUAUCGGCAUUGCUUUGAUAUUAUUUUCAGCCUUGUUAGCUUUAGCCGUGGUUAGAAAACAAAGCGGUAAACAAAGAGUGGACUCACAAAAAACAAAGGCGACAACGGCAGCUUCAUUAGAAGUAACGAACUCAAACCCAGGAAACCCAAGGACCCGACUCCAAGAGGCUUCGGAAAGGAAAAUAGUAAUACCAGAGAUUCAAAAGCUGAAAAGGAGUGGAAAUUUAGUUUUCGUUGGCGGUGAAGUCGAAGGUUAUAGCUUAGAGCAGUUAAUGAGAGCUUCAGCUGAGUUAUUGGGGAGGGGAACGAUGGGGACCACGUACAAGGCAGUGGUUGAUAGGCAGUUGAUUUUGACGGUGAAGAGAUUGGAUGCCGGCAAAACUGCGGUAACCGCAGGUGAAGAUUUUGAGCAGCAUAUGGAUGCUGUCGGAGGACUGAUACAUCCAAAUUUGGUGCCGCUUAGAGCUUAUUUUCAAGCCAAAGGGGAAAGGCUUGUGAUUUAUGAUUUUCAACCCAAUGGAAGCGUUUUCAAUCUCGUUCAUGGUUCAAGAUCAACGAGGGCAAAGCCUCUUCAUUGGACUUCAUGUUUAAAAAUAGCAGAAGAUGUUGCGCAGGGCCUAGCUUACAUCCACCAAGCGUCGAGGCUUGUCCAUGGCAACUUGAAAUCCACCAACGUGCUCCUCGGGACUGAUUUCGAAGCUUGUCUUACCGACUACUGCCUUGCCGUCCUUGCAGACUCUCCUUCGACUGAAGAUCCCGACUAUGCAGCCUAUAAAGCUCCCGAGGUACGGAAAUCCAACCGCAGACUCACUCCCAAGUCUGACGUUUAUGCUUUUGGUGUCCUCCUGCUUGAGCUAUUGACUGGUAAGCAUCCGUCACAACAUCCGGUACUUGUGCCACAUGACAUACUGGAAUGGGUUAGAACGACACGAGAAGAUGACGUCAGGGAAAAUCAAAGGCUCGGAAUGCUAACCGAAGUUGCCAGUGUUUGUAGCUUGACCUCACCGGAGCAGAGGCCAGCGAUGUGGCAAGUGUUGAAGAUGAUACGAGAGAUCAAGGAGAGAGCAAUGAUGUAGGAAGCACAUUGGAAUGCUAUUGUGUGGUGUUGAAGCUUUUGUAUAUGAUGAUUUGGUGUCAUCUAAUACCUAUUAUACGUGAGAUAAGAGAUUAUACGAUGUUUAUGGAAGUCUUUAUCAACAAAUUUUCUCAUCAGCCAUUUGUUUCAACUCUCGAUGCCACUCGGUUUUGCUUGGGAAAUGCAACGUGUGAAUGAUGAAAAG